AUGCCACCUGGCUCGUUCCUUUCGCGCCAGCUGCUGGGAGGGGGCCAGGAAACAGCCAAGAUGAACGCGGAGCGGCUUAUGAAGAUGGCUGGCGUCGUCCGCACCGGCGGCAAGGGCACUGUCAGGAGAAAGAAGAAGGCGGUGCACAAGACCACCUCCACCGACGACAAGCGGCUGCAGAGCACGCUGAAGCGCCUGGGGGUGAACACCAUCCCGGGCAUCGAGGAGGUGCUGCUGAUCAACAACGACGGCAGCGCGCUGCAGUUCAACAACCCCAAGGUGCAGGCAUCCAUCGCCGCCAACACCUACGUCGUGUCGGGCGCCUCGCAGCCCAAGCGCGCCCAGGACGUGAUGGCCUCCAUGCUGGCGGGCAUGGGCGGCAUGGCGGGCCUGCAGCAGAUGAUGGGAGGCAUGGGCGGCGCCGGCGGCAUGCCCGCGUUCAACCCGGAGGGGGCUGCCGACGAGCCCGAGGACGACGACGACGAUGUGCCCGAGCUUGUGGAGAACGUCAACUUUGAGCAGGCCGCCCAGUAA